AUGAAAAUGAAAGACUGGUUUAUCAUCCCUUCCAUUGGUAGAUCAGGUGGUAUUGCUAUUGCUUGGACACAGGGAGUUUCUGCUAAUCUCAUUUCUUUUAAAGAUAAUGUAUUCAAUUUUCAUGUCUUAAAGGAUAAUAUGAGUUUUAACAUCUCUUUUGUUUAUGGUGCCUUAGAUAAGAAUUUAAGAAUUAAGCAGUGGGAAUUUAUUUCUAAUUUUAGUGAUGCCAGUAGCCCUUGGUGUUUAAUAGGAGAUAUGGAUUUUAUACUCCACAAAGAUGAAAAGGAAGGUGGUAAUGACACAAACUCUAGUAGUCUUGCUUAUGUUUAUAGUUGCAUUCAGAAAUUAGGAUUAGUUGAUCUAAAAUUUACUGGUUUACCUUUCACUUGGACAAAUAAGAGAACUGGAAAGAAUAAUAUACAAGAAAGCAUAAAUAGAACUUUAGUGAAUCAUAAAUGGUUGGGACUAUUUCCUAGAUCUUUCACUAAUCACCUCACUAGAGUGGUUUCGGAUCAUGCUCCAAUAAUGUUAGAAGCAUUUCCUAAAACAAAAUCAGUUAAUAGACCUUAUAGGUACAUGAAAUGCUGGCAAGAACACAAGUCUUAUAGCAGUCUGAUUGAAAAUUCUCUUGAGAAAAGUAGAAAUAGUAACUAUGAUAUUAGUGACAUUGUUAAGAGAAAAGGAUCUGAGCUUAAAAUUUGGAACAGAAAAGAGUUUGGUAAUAUUUUUAAGAACAUUUCGGAUAUUUUAAAUGAAAUUGAAAUAGAAAAUAGAAAACCUAAGAAUUAUGAGACUAAGAAAAGCAUAGAAGCUUUGCAUAAUGAUCUGAAUUCUUGGUCAGGAAAACUUAAAAAUAUUUACCAAACAAAUGAUAGCUCCAUUCAUCAGAUUUUUAGUAGUAUCAUGAAACCUAAGAUAAACCAACAGGAUAAUAUCAGUCUGUGUAGUAUACCAGAGGAAGAAGAGAUCAGAGAAGCCCUUUUUAGUAUGAAUUCUUGGGGAGCGCCAGGUCCAGAUGGAUUUCCCCCUGGAUUUUAUCAAAACCAUUGGAGUGAAUUGAAAACGGAUAUUGAUUCCUGGGUCCAAAUAGUUUUUAGAGAUAAAAAGUUUAAGCAAGAGAUGAAUCAUACUUCUAUUUCCCUUACUCCGAAAACUAAAACACCAAAAAACCCCAGUGACUUCUGCCCUAUUAGCUUAAUUAACGCUUUAUAUAAGAUAGUAGCAAAAAUUAUAGCAAACAGGAUUAAACCUCACCUAGAUAAACUCAUCUCGCAGAAUCAGUCAGCUUUUAUUCCUAAGAGGCAAAUAACUGAUAACAUUAUAGUGGAGCAUGAAAUAUUACACACAAUGAAAACUAGUAAAAAGAAAAAUGGAUACAUGGCUGUGAAACUUGAUCUCUCUAAAGCGUUUGACAGGCUAGAAUGGAACUUUAUAAUCAAAAUUUUAGAAGUUUUAGGUUUUUCUAAAGAUUUCUGUGACCUUAUUUUUACUUGCAUCUCCUCUAUUUCAUAUGCUGUCUUAGUUAAUGGUAUACCAGGUGAUUUUUUUUUUCCUUCUAGAGGGAUUAGGCAGGGAUAUCCUCUAUCUCCGGCUUUAUUUAUUAUUUGCAUGGAAGCUUUGUCCUCUCUUCUACUUCAUGCUGAACAGUCUGGGGGUACUGGAAGAUGUUCAAGCUCUGAUGAAGCAGAAGCAAGAGCAUGCCAGGAAGCCACAAGGUGGGCUAGAAUCUCAGGAAUGUCUGAUAUUAUCUUUCUCAAUGACAAUCUCAAUGUUAUUAAUGGAAUGAGGGGAAGAGAUUUUGCUGCAGAUUGGAGGUGUAAAGUUUUCAUAGACAAAGCGCUGGAGACUAGCAACUCUUUUACUUCUUCUUCCUUUUAUUAUGUCAAAAGGGAUUGUAAUUUUAUAGCGGACGGAAUAGCUAAGAAGUUAAAUUGGUCCUCUUAUAAGGAUAUAGAUUCUAGGAGUUGGAACAGUAGUUUGAAAUUUGAUCUCCCUAGAAAUGUCUUUAACUUGAACAAUGUAUCUCUUUCUGUUUAG